UAAAAAAAAGAAGAAAGUUACAAAAUAAAAAUAUUUUUUACAGAACUAAAAUGGUUCCUCCACUGUACGCAGAUCUUGGUAAACAAACCAGAGAUGUAUUCGGGAAGGGAUUCCAUUUUGGUUUGGUAAAGUUGGACGUGAAGACUAGAACAAGUUCAGGACUUGAAUUCAUCUCAUCAGGAAUAUCUAACAAGGAGUCAGGCAAGGUGUCUGGUAGUUUUGAAGGGAAGUAUGAGUUGAAAGAUUAUAAAGCAUUAAUCUCAACUAAAUGGAGUACUUCCAAUAUACUCGCUUCAAAGUUUGAAUUUCAGGACUUGUUAAUGAACGG